AUGGUCAUUCAAAACGCAAAGCUAAUCGAAGACAAACUUAACACAAUUCAAAUUGUUGGUACUACUGAUUUAAGUUCUUGUCAUCGAAAAUGUGUUCAGUCAGCUCAAGAUAAUUGCCGGUCUUUUUCAUUUUGCACCUAUGCUGACAGAGUUGGAUGCUUUGUAUCGACGAUUUCAAAUCAUUCAUCUGACAAAAUAACUCACGAUGCAUCGUGUGAUACCUACUUGAUUGAUAAUCUAACAAAAUAUAAGAAAAUUGCGAUUAAAAGAUUUAACCAUAUUGAAUUGUCUGUAGCAUUCGAGAGUUCUCUUGGAAAAUGUGCCUCUUUUUGUUCCAAUUCCGAUUCAUGUAAAACAUUUCAAUUUUGUUGUGGUUCAUGUAGUUUAGCAGGUUAUUAUACGGAUGAAGCAAGCGUUUACAGUGAAAGCUGCGAUAUUUAUAUACCAAAAGCAUUGGACAGAUUUGCAAUAACUGGAAAAUCGAUUGUCGAAGACGUGUUUCACACGGAACUGAACCUCAAUGCUGAUCAAUGUGCUGCUCUUUGUUAUCAUUGGAACGAUAAUGACGCAGUUUGUCAGUCUUUCAAUUAUUGCCCAGUGUAUGGUAAAACACGGAGUCUUUGUCAUUUAUCAAAAUAUUCAAGACGCGAUACUAAUGAGAAACUGAUUCACUCUGAUACCUGUCAAAAUUACGAAAGGGCGAAACAGAAUGAGAAAAGGCAACAAAAUGCUGAAGUUAUCACUAAAGCUACAAAUUCUGGCAUGAUUUACGUAAUCAUCGUACUAUUCAUUACCACUGGACUGAUUUCUGGAAUUGUUGUUGCAGUUGCAUAUCCAAGAUUUACAUCUGUUAAGAGCGAUGCAAAUCAAAUCUACAAUCGUAACACAUUCAGUUGGUCUAAGCAGCUAAACGACGAAAGUCAAUCUGUGAAUGGUGACGGUUCAUUGCAAAUGUCAUCUGAUUAUGCUGUUCGUGUAAAUGAAUGA